ACCUAAUCACACCCUUAUAUAUAUUUAUUCGAGGUAUUCAAAAGCAUAGCCCAUCAAUAUUAUUCUCUUCUUUUUUGCUUCAACAAUAAUAAGUGAUAUAUAAUAAAAAUCAUAAACUCGUAGUAUUAUUGUGUUUGUGAUAAAAACUGAAGGUGCAAAUUAUGGCUGCUUCUAUGUCUUCUUUCUUACCUAUGAAACCACGAGGAACAUAUCUCAAGAGAUUCAACAUACGUCGAGGGAUGCAAGUAAUAAAAGUACAAAACUAUCAUCAAGAUGAAGGGAGAUCAACCGAUAUGGUAGAUGCAAAUUUGAUUGUUCUAAAAGAGAGGAUAGAGAUGGUGAAGGUGAAGGAAAGACUUGAAAGGUGUUGUAAGUCUCAACAUGGUUGGAAUUAUGUGCCACUUUCUAUUAAUGAUCAUAGAAAAAACAAAAGAGACAAAGAAUUGAGAAGUUUAAUUGAAUUGAUUGGUUUAGUUUGUGGAACUAUUGGUUUUACCUCUUUUGUUGGAACUCUUUUCCUUUGCCUUGUUUCAUUGCUUGUUCAUUUGCAAGUAUGACUUUUGGAAAAUAUAUAUUCAUAAGGUUAAGUUUGUUGAGCA